AUUAAAAACGGAUUGUAUGAGGAAAUUAGUUUCUAUAUUAUUGAUUUCUCUUACCUUGGCAAAUUAAAUUCAAGGUCCUUUAUCGAAUCCAAUAAUGAAUGAAUUAGAAUAAACUCAUUUGGGAAAAGCAUUUUUGAAAUUACUAAGCCUUAAAUCAAAGGCAUAACAAUUUGAUUUUUCUAAAUUAUAUGCAGCACUUGAUGACUUACAAAAUUCAAUCAAAUCAAGAUUAGCAGAUGAAUAACAAGCAUAUUAAUAGGAUGAAGUCUAAUAUUUCACUGAUAAGGAAUUUUUUUCAGGUCAAAUUACACAAUUCUAGAAUGAAGUAAUGUUAUAAGCUUAGUUUAAUAGAUUGCAUAAUUAGAAAUAGAUGUUACAGAUUUUACUGAAAGCAGAGACUUAUUAUAAAUAGCCUUAAAUGGAAAGGUUGAUGAAUUGAAAGAAGUUUAAUCAUUAGCUGAUGGAUUAUCAAAAAGAAUUUAAAAGGAAGAAGGAAUCUUUAAAGAUCAACAAAAUCAAUAUACAAAUGCUGUUUAAGCUCUUGAUUAAGCCUUAUAAUUAAUUGGAUAACUAAGAGAUGGUUCAUUUAUUUAGAAUAGAAGUGUUUCAUUUUUAGAAGAAGGUCUAAAACAAUUGUAACAUUAAAGAAUAAUGUAUGGGCCUUUAAUUACUGCAUUUACUUAAAUUAUGGCACCAAGUUUUAAUGAUUCUGAAGCAAGUGCAAAAGUUUAAAGAUUAAUUCAAAAUUUGAGAGAUACUAUUGUUAAAAACAAAACAGAUUUAGAAAAUGCAUAUUAAUAAGUGAGAGCCAUUGAUGAUCAUAAUCUUAGUCAAUAUAAUUAAAGAAUAAGCAAUCUAUCAACAAUCAUCAUACCAACUAUUUAAGCUGAAAUCUAAACAAGAGAUGGUAAUUAUAAAUUAUAAUUUAUCAGCUUAAAUUUAAACAAAAUAAAAUUUACUUAAAGAUGCUCAAACAAAUUUCAAGACAGCCUCAGAUAAUUUAGAUAAUACUAAUAACAGAUGGGUUGAAAGGUAAUUUUAUAAUCAUAUAUUAGAACAAAUGAACAUAAUAAGUUGAUGGACUAACUUUUAACUUAAUAGUCCCUAUUUCCCAAAAUUGUAAAUCAAUUAGAGGGAGCAGGAGUUAGAAGAAGAUGAUUUUCUUAAAUUUAUCAAAACAUAAUAUUU